AUGUCAUCCUUCAAAAUUGCAGUGGAGGGCUGCUGCCACGGUGCCUUGAACAGCAUAUACAACUCUCUUGAGGAGAAGUGCGAGGCUAGGGGAUGGACUCUCGCUGAUAUUGACCUCCUCUUUCUCUGUGGGGGCUCCCAAGCUGUUCGCAAUGAACUGGACCUCAAUUGCAUGUCGGUACCAAGGAAUUUCCGCCAGCUCGGCGACUUUCACCUCUACUAUAGUGGGAAGAAGCGUGCACCCGUGUUGACAAUCGUCAUCGGGGGCAACCAUGAAGCCUCUAAUUACCUCUCCGAGCUUUACCACGGUGGCUGGCUGGCCCCAAACAUCUUCUAUCUGGGUGCCGUGGGCAUGCUGCGCUACGGUCCACUACGGAUAUGUGGACUCUCUGGUAUCUUCGAUCGAUCAGACUAUCGCAAGCCGCGCUCCGAACGUCUCCCGUAUAGUAGAGACGAGGUGCGGACGGUCUGUCAUGUCCGCGAGUCCGACGCUGUCCGCCUUCUACAAGUCCGGUCUCCGGUGGAUAUUGGGUUGAGCCACGACUGGCCACGCCGAAUUGACUACUAUGGAGAUAGUGAGAGGCUGUUCGCAGCAAGGCCAAGCUUCUUCGAAAGUGCCAAACGCGACAGACUUGGGAGUGAACCUGCCGAAGACGUCCUGAACCAUCUUCGUCCGCGAUACUGGUUCUCAGGUCACAUGCAUACCGAGUACGAAGCCACCAUCCACCACGAAGACGACAACAGCAACAACUUCUUCGAGUAUCUUUCUGUUCCACCAAAGAUACAGAAGCAACUGCCAAAGUCGAUCAGGAUACGGGCAUUUCCACAAAUACCUACGGCCAUCACAAAUACCACAACGCACUUCCUUGGGCUCGACAAGCCCGGUCCCGCGCGUAAGUUCCUUGACUUACUUGAAGUCGAGUCGCUUUGGGAAGUCGAUGAUCCGUCAGUGGUGCCAUACCUGCAGAAGACGUCGGAGAACAAGUAUGCUCUACACUACGACGAAGAGUGGCUGUCCAUUGUACGCAGCAUCAGCCACGAUCUUGACGUGGAUGACACCAUUCCGGAACUGGCAAGCCUUUCUAUAGCGGACGAACAUGAAGAUGUUACCUCUUCGAGCCUAGACUGGAUCCGAGAGAAUGUCACCGCUAAAGGUCUGCUGCGAGUUCCCGACAACUUUGAGGUGCAUGCACCCCCGUAUGACGGCGAGGGAAACAUCGAAACUGAUGAGCAGCCUCCUGAAUAUCCGAACUCGCAGACUGAGAUAUUUUGCAAGAUGCUCGGUAUCAGCAACGGGUUUAUGAGCAGUGACUCCGAGGUGAUUGAUGAUGACUACGUGGUUUUUGAAUAG